AUGGGUCUCUUCAGGAGAAGUCACGACAAAGAGCGGAAGCUCAAGUCAUCGCACGAGGACAAUAAGCCAGUUCCGUCAGCGUCAGUGUCCAAUGGAGAAAGCUCACACAGCCGCAAUGUAGCAGAAUACUCAACCGAGCGACCAAAUGGAGGUUCCAACCACGCGCCGGACGUCGCCAGAUCUGAAAAAGCCGAGGCAAGUCCUCAUGAUUCUGGAAUACACAGUGAGCUAGGCCGCGAGCGAGGAUACCUACUCCGAGACUCCUCUCAACCCGUCGACUUGACCGGAAUCGUCGACCUCUCCCACACCGAAGACACCGGCGUAUCGAUCACCUACGCCCCAGAAGUCACCCACGAGACACGAUACAUCAGCACCGAAGAAGUCAUCCAAGAAGUCAUAACCCGCGAAAUCCACAACCACGACAUUUACCACCGCGUCCUCCCAAUUCUCGAUUAUGAAGUCCUACCACCCAGACAUUUCAUCCCGGGAGAAGUCGGAGAAGAUGGAGGGACAGCAGGCUUGAUAGAAAUUUCAGCAGAUCAAAUCCCAAUCAGCACAAGAGGUUUGGAUAUUCAAGCAGCGAUCGCCAACGCCAUGUCGAAUAUGAUGCCUAGAGUGCAACAUCCAGUUCCCGCGAGACAGUUCACGGCGAGAAAGUUUGAGGGUACGGAGGGGGAUUACAAAGAAUCCAUCACCUCGGAAGGAUUCAAGCGAACGGAAACAUGGUGGGUGCAUCCCCCUACUUUGGAGACAGACCCCGAGAGGACUGGACCGACGCUUCCAUUUCAUUUACAUUCCGAAACGAGAGAUUUGGAUGGUUUUCGAGAUGGCGUGCUGGAUCGAUCGAGUGAUCCCAGGCAGUAUCAGAUCCUUCAUAGUGAUGAUCCUAGUAGAGCGGGUGUGAUGAAGAUGAGAUUUCCCCCUCCGAGAGGGGCUUCGUUGGGGAAAACUUCCGUUGCCGGAGUCGCUGCUACUACGGCGGCGGCGGAGCCGGUGGUUUUGCCUGUGAGGUUGGUGGGCAGGGCAAGCGAGGGAGGGAACAAGAAGGGGGACGGAAAGAAGGGGGAUGGGGUGGUUGGUGUUGCUAUGUAA